AUGAGCAGCAUGCAUCAAGGUGACCUCCAACGUGAAAGCGCCUCUAACAUCGGUGCCGGUGAGUGCAUGCUCGCUUCACCGGCUUCAGGGUCAUUAAUGCCAAGUGUGUCUCUCUCGCGCUAUCAGCAGUGGCGAGGCGAGGUGGGCCGCGCCAGUGUGGAUUCCUUUGUAUCCCUCCAUAACGACAAAGCGUCGGCAGCAGGAAAAGAAGGGAUGCGCGGUGUGUGGGCACCAACUAUGUACAUGCGGUCGGCGCCGAACACCCUUGGAGAGACGAGUGUGGAGGUUGUCUCACCGGAGGCGACCGUUCAGCUGCAAUCAGUGGAAUCCCAGUCGAGCAAGGAGCUAUCGCCGGUGGUGCCGCGAAACAGAGUCUCCAAAAGGCCCGAGGAGGGUUCUGCUGAGCCACCGGUGCUGCUUCCACCCGUCGUUUCUGAGAGAGCGAGGCACGAUGAUAAAAACAGCAACAAAAACAGCGGGAACAGCGGAAGUACUUCUCCGGAAUCAAUCCGAAAACAAAACAACGGCAACAACGGAGGUGGCAAGUCUCCUAUAAAAACAUCUACCAGAAGCUAUGACCAUUUUCAGGAGUCUUCGAAGCCACUGCGUAGAGACGGCGCAACAGGCUGCACACAAUUCCGUUCGGUGGAAAAUGGUGGAGGUGCCCCUGUUCCUGCUUUUUCGCCCAGCGUGAAUGGCAACAAUGCACCAACAGGGAAAGAGGACUCACCGGUCAAGCACCUUCAUUACGGCCAUAUUGAGAUGCCCAGUGCUAGUAGCAUGAGUCUCAGCAGAAACAGCGCGCCAUCACCGCUCCCGGACCAAUCUGCGCCAACAGGCUCAGGGCAGUUCAACGCGGCCGGGAUAGACGCGAAGAAGCUCAACAGUGCCGUUCCGACACAGUCUUCAAAAUCUCUACCUUCGAGCAAUCUGACAGCCAGUGUGCCGCCCCUUCCACCAAACGCCGUCCACAUCUCCACGACGACAAUAACUCGGACUGUCAAGAAGGUUAGAUAUGUGAGGAUUGACGAAGAAUACGUUUUAAGUGACGAUGAGGAAAAUAUGCCGAUCGAUGAUAUUCCCCUGAGACAGAGCAACACUCUCAACGGCAAGGGAAGUGCGCCUUUCUGGAAGCACUCCCCGUCAGGAACAUCGGCUGCAAUGUCGCAGCACGGUGAUAAUGGACCAACAAGCACUGACCCCGAUCGCUUGUCAACACGGCAUUCAGGUUCGAACCCUUCCCAUCACAUGGGAAGUGCGUCGACGCUGAGCAUAUUGGGGUCGCACAAGUGGGCGCGCACCUGCCGGAUGCCAAACAGUGUUGUUUCGCCCGCCGUGCUGUUCCCCGCGCCCGCCCCUGUAGUUUUGCCUCCACGGGCAAACGGCACGGCAGGACCUCAGUUCCUUCUCCAGCGGCACGAGCAGCGCGUGAUGCUGGGUGGCCCCCUCAGCGGGCGUAAUAUCUCCCUUAGCAGCGGCAGCGCCCUUUCGAAGGCAACAGAACCGCGCCCGUUUGUGGCGUACGGAAACAACACUUACAGGUCGGAGGUUGAACACAUGAGGGAAAUGCCACUCACUGCGAGACACAGCACACCUCUAGGGACCAGCCAUAUCAUCUCCACGUUCAAUGACACACUGCCGCCCGUUUAUGAACCAGAGGCCAUGAGCCUGAAGCAAUCCUCUCUAUCCGUCGUAAGCAACGCCUCCUGUGUGACUGUGACGCAAGCCAUCACGGUGGAUGGUGGCGCCGCCAGCCCAAGGGGUGUCGACCUGACGAAGAAACCAGAGAAUGCACGGCGUCGCUGCGUCAUUGUUGCUGAUGGCGACUGGAAUAAAGAGGAGGACGAGGAGGAGGAAGAGGAAGAAGAUGAGUACGACGAAGAAGAGUACGAAGAGGUGGAGGAAGGAGCCUCCGAGGAAGAGGAGGACUACGCUGCUCUUGGGGGCCCGUCACCAACAAGGACAGUGGUUGCGCGGGCUGAGGCAGGCUCAAAAUUUCCCUCUACUUUUGAUUUAGCCGCACACGGUAGCAACAGCAAUGGCAAUAUCACCACUCACAGCAACAGCAACAGAAGCAUUUGA